AGAUCUAAAACAAAAACUUGGAAAGCAUGUGUAUAACAUCAGGCAUCAGUAUGCAGCUCUCCGUGGAAUAAAGGAAAACUUGAGAGAGGAUGAGGUCAUUCUGCAUAUGGAUGUUGCAGAGAACUUCCAGUGCAAGUACAACAGUGAAGUCCAGGCGGUACAUUUUGGAGAUUCGCACCACCAAGUCUCACUCCAUACUGGUGUGGCCUACACCUGGAAGGAUGUAAAGUCCUUAUGCUCAAUCAGCUCUUCUUUUCGCCACGAUCCCUCAGCAAUAUGGGCACAUCUAACCCAAGUGCUAACUUACUUGAGAGAACAACAUCCCACUGCCACCACACUUCAUGUGGUCAGUGAUGGACCAACGACGCAAUACCGCUCAAAAAAAAGCUUUUUCCUCCUCAUCAAUGUUCCUUACCAAAUGGGUUGGAAAAGGGUGACCUGGAAUUUCUUAGAGGCCGGCCACGGCAAAGGCCCAGCUGAUGUGAUUGGAGCGGCGGUGAAGAGAAGAGCGGAUGAUCUUAUUGCAAGAGGGAAGGACAUUCCAGAUGCACGAGUACUGCUUGAGGAGCUUAAGCAGCAAAAGUCUGCCACAGAGCUGUUCUAUAUUGAGCCAGAUGCCGUUGAGUCAAUGGAUGUUCACGUUCCAUCUGAAUUACAGACAAUUCGUGGCACGAUGGAAAUUCAUCAGAUCACCUCUCAUUCUCCAAGCCAGAUGUCAUGGAGGAUUCUUAGUUGUUUUUGCUCUGCACCCAACGAUUGUAACUGUUUCGGCACAAGGAGAUUAAGACGGAAGUUUGGAAAGAAAUCUGCAAGAUUUGGCCUUGAAUCACAUUGCCACCCUCUCUCGCUCUCUCUCUCUCUCACACACACACUCCCUCUCUCAUGAACUGUCUCUCUCUCUCUCUCACACA